GCCCAGCUGCAACAGUCUCGGCAGCACAUUGCAACGAUGGCCGGCUACUCGGAAACACACCUCCGGGACCGGGGCGACAAUUCCGACGUAAUACGACAACCUUUUCUCAUCGGUGUCUCUGGGGGCACCGCCAGCGGAAAGUCGUCGGUUUGUGGCAAGAUCAUGGAGCUGCUGGGCCAAAACAAGAUUGACCAUCACCAGAGGCAGGUGGCAAUCCUCAGCCAGGACAGCUUUUACAAGGUGCUGACCCCUGAUCAGAAAGCCAAGGCACUUAAGGGCCAGUUCAACUUUGACCAUCCAGAUGCCUUUGACAAUGACCUGAUCAUGCAAACACUCAGGGAGAUCCUGCGAGGAAAAACUGUCCAGAUCCCAGUUUAUGACUUUGUCACUCAUUCCAGGAAGGACGAUUUUAUCACAGUGUAUCCAGCAGACGUUGUCCUCUUUGAGGGCAUCCUGAUGUUCUACUCGCAGGAGAUCCGUGACCUAUUCCAGAUGAAGCUGUUUGUUGACACCGAUCCGGACACGCGCCUCUCCCGUAGGGUUUUGCGAGAUAUCGGCGAGCGCGGGCGGGAGCUGGAGCAAGUGCUGACACAGUACAUUACUUUUGUCAAACCAGCCUUUGAGGAGUUCUGCUUACCAACAAAGAAGUACGCUGAUGUGAUUAUCCCCCGUGGAGCAGAUAACCUUGUGGCCAUCAACUUGAUAGUACAGCACAUCCAAGACAUUCUCAACGGCGGCACUAACGGUCACAGCACAACGCGGCAACGACGGACGUCCGAGUCCAGCAGUCGGCCGCAUUGACCUCGCCGCACAAUGCCCGUUUGCGCCACCGUACUGAAAACGAAUGAAAGGAAACAAGGAUUUGCAUCGAGAACCUUUUUAUUACGAAGACUACUCCUUGCUAUUGGUUGCAGUCAUUGUAAUUGUUAAAUUUUGGGAUUUACAUUUAUGUCAGGAGGUUUCAAAAGAAGCUCUUAGUCUCAUGAUGACCUUGGGUUUAUAUGGACCCACAUGCAUUUUUUUCUUGCAAGUAUAACUUUGGUUUCAAUGUAUCCCCUGUGGCUUCAUGAAAGCUCAUGCUGAUGAUUAAUAAAUGAGGGGAGAAGUUUUUUUUUUAUUUUAUUUUUUUUUUACAAAUUUUAUUUAUUAUUAUUUUUUUUUAUAUCUCUGAUGACACUUGAACCACUAAUAGUGUGGGAGUCUGUAAAAUGUUUGGAUGAGAUCUAGAUACGGAUGUGGACUCCAAGAAAAAGUUGAAGAAACUCAGAUUGCACUUUCAAUUUGUACGACAACCUUGGUAUUGUUUCCUACUGCUUAUCAGUCUUCCCCUGUCUUGUGAAGUGUAAUGUGCAACACUACAGCAUCUGUUUACUCUGCCAUGUGACAUUGUUUGCUGCAGCAAGAACAGUAAAUGAUGAAAUGUCAGGCUUAUAUCUUGCCAAUUAUGCCAAUAACUUGCCACGGCAUGGCUGCUACAUAAUUGGACGACUCUAAUUGGCUUGUACAAGAUAAAACCUGAGUUGUCAUUGCAAUUAUUAUUUUUUUGUAACAAAGCAUGGCAUAUGCAAUAUACUCAGGUCAGUAAAAGGAUAAUUGAUGCCACAGCAAUAUGAAGUGUGGCCGCACGCCACCGAGAUGCACCGCAAUGCCUCAAAGAAGUUGCCUCAGGUUAACAUGCACAGCAAGCAUACGCGCCAGUUGCCAGGGCGACUGUCGAUUACAGUAUCAUAGCUUUGAAACAUAUUUCUAUUCCCUGUUCUGUAUUUUGUAUGAUCCGAUUGACUGAAUUAAUGUACAGUAUAGCUGCUGAGUAAUACUUGAAAAGACUUGUACGUGGAUGGCGUCAUCAAUCGUCAUUGCUUAACGGUCAAUAAACUGGCGUAUGCCAAGUGUC